AAUCGUUGCAAUUGUUGCAUGUUGUAUUUAUAUUUUUGUUCAGUAUAGAUAGGCUACAGAAACUCAAAAGUUUUAUACAAAACUUUAUGUAGGUCUUCUGCAAUUUUGAAGUAAGACAUAGAUGUAGUCAGAUUGCAUAUGAAUACAAAGGCUAUGGUCUAUUUAUUAUUCAAAAUAUAACAUAUUUGUGUCUGCUUUAACCGUCAUGGAAUGCAACCUCCAUUCAUUGCAGUGCAGUAGCUUAGUGCUUACCUAUAGCCUUGGCCAAGGAGUCUGCUGACCCACUGUGAAUGCAGCUACUUUUAUACCCUGUGCGAUUUGUCAGAGCUAGAGGAACAAAGCUGGGAAAAGCUGUGGUUUCUAUGGGGUCUGUCUGACCAACUGAACCCUAGUAGCCCCCCUGGUACUGAGGGGCCUGUGCAGUCAGGCAUCCCAACCACCACCAGUGUGAUUUAAGAUUAGAAAUAGCAGCAUGGAUCAAAACAUUUUAUAAUCUUUAGGCCUACAGCUACUUUCCAUUGUCUUGCAUUCUGCCUGUCUGGGUUAUGGUCCAAUUAAUAUACAGAUAUUUUAUAAAGCCAAUGUGUUGUGUUCACAUUCCUCUCUUAGAUAAUUUAAUGGACAACUUCAAGGACUUGUUUCAAAAGAACGAUGCCACUCCUCAUGCCUACACCAAAUUCUCCCUCCGGAAGCCUUUGAUGCCAGAAGAUGACAUCUGUUACAUCAUUCCCAGCAACCCAGAGUCUCUCAAAGAAUGCACUUUCAACAGCACCUCUAAAACUUUCCUUGUGAUCCAUGGCUGGACAGUGAGCGGCUUGUUUGAGAGCUGGGUGGCCAAACUGGUGUCAGCGCUGUAUGAGAGAGAGCAGGAUGCCAAUGUGAUCGUGGUGGACUGGCUGCACACAGCCCAGAACCACUAUCCUGUAGCCGCCCAGGACACCAAGAUGGUGGGACAAGAGAUCGCUCACUUCAUUGACUGGCUGGAGGAGGCAACCAAUAUCCCUCUUGAUAACCUCCACCUCAUUGGCUACAGUCUGGGUGCUCAUGUGGCAGGAUUCGCUGGGAGUCACGCCUCUAAUAAAGUGGGCAGAAUAACUGGUCUUGACCCAGCCGGGCCAGACUUUGAGGGAGAGCAUGCUCACCACCGCCUGUCCCCAGAUGAUGCUCACUUUGUGGACGUUCUUCACACCUUCACACGGGGCUCUCUGGGCUUCAGCAUCGGCAUCCAGCAGCCUGUGGACAUAUACCCCAAUGGAGGCAGUUUCCAGCCAGGCUGCAAUCUGCAAAGCACCCUGGAGACUAUUUCAAAAUAUGGUCUCUUUGCCAUCACUGACAUUCCCAGAUGUUCCCAUGAACGUUCCAUUCACCUGUUCAUCGACUCCCUGGUCAACGAGCAGGAGGCCAGCAUGGCAUAUCGCUGCGGGAGCAACGAUAUGUUCGACCGCGGAAUGUGCCUCAGCUGCCGCAAGAACCACUGUAACACCGUGGGCUACAACAUCAGAAAGAUUCGCAUGACACGCAGCAUCAAGAUGUACACCAAGACCAAAGACUCCAUGCCGUUCAGAGUCUAUCAUUACCAGCUGAAGAUCCACUUCUCCAGCAAGGUGGACAGGUCUGAGAUGGAGCCUUCACUGACAGUCUCUCUGAUUGGAACCAAAGGAGAAGUUGAAGACCUCAAGCUGACACUAAAGGAGAAGAUAACGACCAAUAAGACCCAUUCCUUCCUGUUGGUAGCGGAGAAAGACAUAGGUGACCUCCUGAUGGUUAAGUUCAAGUGGCAGGAGUCUACUAACUGGUCAGCCUCGUCCAUGCUCAAAAUGGUGUCAUCUUGGUGGUCAGGUGACUCUGCGGAUUCUGAAGUGGAGGUUCACAAAAUACGCAUCAAAGUCAGGGAGACACAGAAAAAGAUGUUGUUCUGCAUUAAAGGUCCUCAUGCCCUCAGCUUACAACAGGAAGUGACAUUUGUAAAAUGCAAAAUUAAUGGAAAAAAACAAACAUAAAAAAGGUGAUACAUUUUUUUAUUUAUUUUUUUAACAGCUUUUUUUUUCUUCCUUCAAUACUUUUUUCCUGCAUUAUUGCUAGUCAGGGAUCCAUUGACAAAAAUCCUGUUUGUUUUACAGAGUUAACCUCAGGAACCGCUAAUAUUGAAUGUAUAGAGCAACAGACAAUUGCCCUCCUUCCACUGCCGAAGCAUAAAUAUAAAUAAAUAAUUUAUGCAGCUGUAAAGGAUUUUGUCGUUCAAACUAUACAAAUACAUUUCCACCUUGUAUAUAGUGUACAGAAAUGUGUUAUUACAAAUGUGUGAAUAUUUGUAUUAAUUUAUUUUUUAAGCACUGCUUUUGUGCCACAUCAACUACGAUGUGGUGCUAAAGGAUAGUGAAUGCCAUCGUCUUUGCUGAUUUUCUGGCAACCCCAAAGAGAUGGUUCUUAUUCAAAGUCGUUGGUGCCUCUGACUGACAGCGACCCAUAGACAGAAUGAGAAGAGGCCUCGAGGUACCUGCAGUUAAAACCUCAUGUGUUGCCUAUGUUAUGCUUAAACUGACAGAGCAUUCACCUUUGUCGUCCUCAAUACUAUGUGAUUGUAGGAUCGGACUCAGUGUGCCUUAAAAUAACUUAUUGUCAAUGAACUUGUCUUAACCUACUGCAUGUAUUUGUUGAUACUGUAUGUUUUUUUCAUAGUUAGUUGUAUCUUUUACAUGGUCUUUGAGACAGUAAUAUUGUGAGGUCUGAAAUGCAAAUUAUUCCCGAUAACUUUGUGAUUAUAGUCAAGCUCUUGAGCAAUAAUGCAUUGACUGCUGUUUUUAUACAAGCCUUUACACUACAUAUCAGUGGGAUAACCGUUAUUACAAUGUUAUACCAUUUUAUACCUUUUAAAACAAAAAUAAUAAUUACAUCGAUUUAUACAGAACCCUUACCUCUGUUUCAUUGCAAGUGCUUAUGUGAUGUAUUUAACUGACAUGUCCAUGGUUGCUGCUGAACUAUAACCCAAAUAAUGUUGAUUUAGCUGUGGAUGCCAUUUUAUAACUGUGAACAGGUAGCUUCUCUGAAAUAAGUCAAUGAGUGGUUCUUGUAAAGUGAGUCGACAUCAACAAUAGAAACAUGACAGCCUUCCUCAGUAGACUGCACAGUUUACUUUGCAUCAUAGUUUAAGUUACAGGUAAUAAUUGGCAGGUAAUGAGGAUAUUAUAAACAAUGUUAUUGUGAACAUAUCUAAAUGUCAGACUAUUUUCAACAGCACUGAGUAGGCUAAUUAUAACAAAUAUGAUAUAUUUUGAGAUCGGUAUUGUAAAUGAUUGUGACUCAUUUAAUUUCUGCCUGUUCUAUUGAGCCUGUAUAAAGGGGGAGAUGAAACACUUUUGCACUGAAAACAGGGAGGAGGUUACUAAGGCGGUUUAAUGUGUAAAUACCAUGUUGGCAUAUACUUCUAUGGUACAGAAUAUUACUAUAUAUUUUUUUUUUACCCUCUUUUACCUCUGAAAGUACAUCUGCACUCUGUUUAUACCUGUAAAUACUGUAUGUGACUAUAUACAUAUUUGAAUAAAUUGGAACUGCUAUUUUGAA